CAAACAAUGUCAAAAUUCAAAAAUGAUGUAAUCCGGUAGGGUUUAAGGUCUGAAUCUGAAACUUCGCCACUUCCAGUAAAAAAAAACUCUUAAUGGCGUCUUCAUCAAUCGACGAGCUUCCUUCCGCCGCCGAAACCCUAACAUCCCAGAUUUCGGCCGAUGUCACUCCACCGUCCGAUCCAAAUCCCACUGAUGACGUUACAAUGGCGUCAUCACCAAUCGACGAGCUUCCUUCCGCCGUCGAAACCCUAACAUCCCAACAUCCCUCCGAUAAUACCGCCGCUCCCGUCAACCCAAUCCCAUCGUCCGAUUCAAAUCCCAACGAUGAUGUUCCAAUGGAGACAGCAUCAAUUGACGAGCUUCCUUCCGCCGUCGAUACCGUAAAAUCCCAGAUUCCGGCCGAUAUCACCCCGUCGUCCGACGACGUUGAAGCCGUCGGGGAGAAACGGAAGCGCGACGACGACGACGAGAAGACCAAUCCCGAAUCGUCGGACCCGAAUCCUACUCCUUCACCGUGGUUCAAGACGAGUCUCUGCUCCUAUUUCAGGCGCGAGGGCUCCUGCAGCCAUGGAAACACAUGCAGAUACGCUCACGGCGAGGAGGAGCUCCGUAUGAAGCCGGACAACACGUGGGACCCGACCUCCGUGCGCGGAAAGAAGGCGAAGAUAUUGGAGAAACCCGCGGAGGAAGAAGAAAACGGCGAGGUUUUGUUCACGGAGGAGAUGAUGGACGACAACGACGGCGAAGGAUGUGGAGAUGGUGUUCAUGAUCUUUCGCUAAGCAAAUGUUUGGUUCAUUUACCCAUUAAAUGGCAAGCAGAUGAGCUGAAGAAGUUUGUUAGAGAGCAGGGAGUUGAAUUCAAGUUUGCGAAGAAAAGAAGAGGAAUGAUUGUUGGUUUUCUCACAUUUGAGAAUGCAGAACAAUUGCAAAACGGCGUGGAGAUUUUGGAAGGAAAAGCUGUUGGGAACAAGAAUUUGAAGAUCGCUGAUGUACUUCCCCGUACAGUCGACAAGAACGGAACGAAGAAUCAGGCUAAGAUCAAAAGCGCCCGUGAAGCUGUGACUCCCUUGGCAGAUUUGUCUUACGCAGAGCAGCUUGAACAGAAGAAGGCUUCUAUCAUGCAAAUGCUGAAAAAACUUACUAGGAAUGCUCGUAAAGCUUGUCAAAAUGGGAAAUCACUUCCCGAAUGGAUCCUUCAGUCUAGAGAAAUAGGUGGUCUUGCAUGUAAGCUCGAGGGUAUUAUAGAAUCACCGUUUGCAAAUGGUUAUAGGAACAAGUGUGAGUUCUCUGCUGGAUAUUCCGUUGAAGGGAAGCUAACUGUUGGAUUCAUGCUUGGAAACUUUAGUGCGGGUGUGACAGCAGUAGAGGAAGCUGUGGAUUGUCCCAAUAUCUCUAAAAUGGCUUGCAGAUACGCUUCAAUCUUUCAAACUUUCUUAGAGAAAUCAAAGCUCCCUGUUUGGAAUAAGUUUAAAAGCUGCGGUUUCUGGCGACAGUUAACUGUACGAGAAGGGAGAAAGCCCGGCGUGUUUUCAAACGAUGAAGACGCCGAGACAAGAAUCGCUGAGGUUAUGCUUAUGGUUCAGGUUUGUACUAAGGAUACUGAUGAAGGAGAAGUAGCAAUUGAGUUUGAAGAAAUGGCGAAAGCGUUUGCUGAAGGAGCUAAAGCAAGCUCUCCACCUCUUCCUCUGACUGUAUUAGUUGUUCAAGAUCAUGUAGGAAUAUCGAAUGUUGCACCACCGGAUUGUCCACUGCGACUGCUGCCUAUUCCGAUGUCAGACAAUGGAACAAACCCGGACCAAACCACCGAUGUCUUGACCAAAGAAGCUCGUAUUCACGAUCAUAUCAACAACCUUAAGUUCAGCAUCUCCCCAACAGCAUUCUUUCAGGUUAAUACCGGAGCCGCAGAGAAGCUAUAUUCACUUGCUGGAGAUUGGGCUGAUCUUGGUCCAGACACUUUACUCUUCGAUGUAUGCUGUGGAACCGGAACAAUCGGGCUUACACUGGCACAUCGUGUUGGUAUGGUGAUUGGCAUUGAAAUGAAUGCGUCUGCUGUAUCAGAUGCAGAGAGAAACGCAAAGAUCAAUGGUAUAAGCAAUUGCAAGUUCAUCUGCUCAAAGGCAGAGGAUGUGAUGAGCUCUCUACUUACAGAGUACUUAGAUGAAUCUGAAAUGGAAGAAGAAGCCAAACUUCUUAACAAUGAACCGGAAAAAUCUACGAAGCCACGGUUCAAGAACGUAGUUGCUAUAGUCGAUCCACCUCGUCCUGGACUUCAUCCAGAUGUAAUCAAAGCUCUAAGAACACAUCCACGAUUAAAGACGCUCGUUUACAUUUCUUGUAACCCUGAGACGCUAGGAGCGAACGCGAUAGAGCUUUGCACGCCGUCUUUCAAGAAAGACGAUCAAGAAAACAGAAGAGGUUACAGACAGAGGGGACUUAGCGCCGCCGCUUCAGCUCGGCUCAGAGCCAAGAAGAUGCCUGCUUCUGAGCCUUUUAGACCUGUUAAAGCCAUGGCCGUUGACCUUUUCCCUCACACUGAUCACUGCGAAAUGGUAAUGCUCCUUCAAAGGUAAUAAAGAUAAUAUAAUCAUACAAAUACUCUGUUUUUACAGAGAUGAUGAACAACAACACAACACAACAACAACUACUAUUCUCGUUUUGUUUUUAAACACAAUGUUUAAGGAUUUAAUAUAAUUUAUGUUUUUCCGUUUUUUGAUAUUCAAUCGACAAAAAAAGAAUGAAAAAAGUAAUUCUUAAAGGAAUUCUCCUUGGUGAAAGUAAGUGUAACGAGCUCUGGAUAAGUUAUCUUUUCGUUUCUUGUAAACAAGAGCUCCGAUUACAAUCGCUCCUACUCCGAGUAUUGCUCCAAUGGCGAUCCCUGCUUUCUUCAAUCCGCUCAUCCCAUUAUCUUCGCCUAUCUCUUCGUCGAGUUCCUCUCCGUCCUCGCUUGCUCUGAUUUCCUGUGCUUGUCCCACUUCCGGCGAUGGUGUUGGAGAAGGGAAAUACUCUGUCUCCGUAUCGGCAUCGUCAUCGUCGGCAUCGUCGGACGGAGCAGGAACAGGUGCUGAUCCGGGAGACGUCGCAGAUGAAGAUGGAGAUGGUGACGGAGAUUUCAGCUGAGCAGGAGGAGGCGGUGGUGGAGAAUCCGUUUGGGAUUCAGGUGCCGGUGAUGAAACCGGUGGUGGAAAGGAAUCUGUUUCCGGUGAUGAAACCGGUGAUGGAGAUGAAUCUGACUCCGGUGAUGAAACCGGUGAUGGGGAUGAAUCUGAUUCCGGUGAUGGAGAUGAAUCUGAUUCCGAUGAUGAAACAGGUGAUGGAGAGGAAUCUGAUUCCGGUGAAGAAGACGGUGGCAGAGGAGAAUCCGCUGGGGUCUCAAGUCCCGGUGAGAUAGCCGGUGAUGGAGAAUCCAACUCCUGAGCGCGAGAGAAUUCGACGAUUAGGAGAGACAUUGAUAGAAUGACAAUGAAACCGAGCUUUUUCGCCAUCGCCAUGGUGAUUCGAUUCUGUAAAUUGUGUUUUUAUUAUAAGCCUUUUGAUUCAAUGUGAAAAAAAUGCCGAUCGUGGAAUCUGUUUGGAGGGAGCUACAAAGAACCAAGGAGAGGAGGGAGAGAAUGAAUGUGGAAGAAGAUGAAUCAAUACAUGUUUCUGCUAAAUUAUACCGUUAACAAAAUAGGUUUUAUAUUUUUAGUGUUAUUAUUUAUUCUUUUAGAUCUUAGAUUUUAUUUUGUUUAAUGAUGUUGCUACCCAUGUCGAACGCAUUAUGCUGCUUCACCAUUCAAACUUGGCUGCAUGUCUUUUCUUUAAAUAUCAAAAAAAAAAGAAAAAAAACACUAGUGCAUGUAAUUUAUGCAUCUAAAUAAUCUCAUU